AUGAUUGCCGGCAGUCUAUUUGACCGCCAAUGCAAGGACACAAUCGAGGCUGAUGCGCGUACCUUCGCCUGUCUCAAUUAUGACGAUCCUGGGACGCCCCAGACUAAUGGUUUCCCAAAGACAAACUGCCCCAACGGUCUCCGUGUCCCGGUUUACUUCCCUUCGUGUUGGGAUGGAGUCAAGUUGGACAGCCCUAACCACAAGUCGCACGUGGCAUAUCCAACUCAAACAUAUAACAACGGCCCGUGCCCUGCAUCGCACCCUGUUCGGAUUGUGUCUUUCUUUUACGAGAUCACCUGGCAUACCGAGAAAUUUGCAGGCAUGUGGUAUGGUGACAGUCAGCCAUUUGUAUUUUCUUUCGGCGAUCCCACGGAAUACGGCUUACAUGGAGACUUUGUCAAUGGGUGGGACGUGGAUGUUGUCCAAGAAGCUAUUGAUACCUGCAAUGACGGUGGCGGUGAUAUAACCGAAUGCCCGCCGAUUCACCUAUACCCCGACACUGUCACGGAUGGUUGUCUUUUGGAACCCUCAAUCGACGAGGAAGUGGGAGGAUGGCUCGAUGCCCUGCCAGGCUGCAAUCCGAUCCAGCCAGGCCCCAAUGAUGCGACUAUAUUCACUGGCUGUGGUGCGCCUACGGAGAUCGGAUCGCCACGGCACUACUAUACCAAUGUCACCAGCGAUCUGGGUUGGGAAUGGAUCGGCUGCACGGUCGAUAAUGCAGGCGGCGCCCGCAUCCUCACGGGCUCCAGUUUACGGGGGUCUUACAUGACCAUUGAGAAGUGUAUCCAGAAAUGUAAGGCGGAUGGAUACACAAUUGCAGGCCUCGAGAACUCCGAAGAAUGCUUUUGUGGAAAUAGCGUUGGCCCUGUCAAGAAGCCGAAGGUCACUCCGAUGGGAAAUUGUCUAUAUCCCUGCAGGGGCAACCCCGGUCAGAACUGUGGGGGGUAUGGAUUUAUCGGACUUUACCAGGAAUGUACUGGAAACUGUCAUAAUCUGCAGUAUCCUGAGGUUCCUCACUAG